CCUCUCAUUCUUCCCCGAAACAAUGGUCGCCUUCCCCGUUGUCCCUGCAUCUCUGCUUCUGUCUCGCUCUUUCAUUGCACGCCGUGGUCGCUAAACAAGAGGACGACUUUCCAUUGGCUCCUCGCUAAUUGUCUCUGGUUCGCUUUGACUGAACAUCCACCAGCUUGGAAAAGUAGAAUUUCUUUUGCUGUGAACCAGCAUCGCAAGGGGGAGGUGAAAAGCUAUCCAAAUUCUCUCUUGAGUGACGUUCACGUCACACUUCCACGGCAACGGUGUAACUAUGGAGCGCAGGCAUGGAGCAGGAACGGCCCGAUAACAAACAGCGCGUUUGUCGUCAGAAAAAGGGGGCCGCUGCGGGGGGUGGCGAUGAAGAGAACUUUCUGGACUCUGAGGAUCUCAGGCAAAGGACUCAAAUGUGACAUUGUCGGAAUUCCCACCUUUUAAAGGAUUUGGUCUGUUAUACUGCUGGAUUUGGUGGAUCUAGUUUAUUCGUUUACAUCACCCUCGUCUGGGACGAGGUGCGGCGUCAUGCGUGUUUGUGAGGCUGCCAGCUGCCUGUCUGUGCUCAGCGGAGAUGGACGCAGGCAUAGACUGACAUGUGUUUCCAUGGUGACGAGCGGCUGUAGCCCCUUUCCCUUAUGUUGGAGCAGAGAAUAUGACAGACACCUAGCGGCAGCGGUGUCAGCAGGGAAGACCAUGGCGACGCCCUACAUGGACGCCAACCUCAAUCACGCCCUGCUGGACGGUGGCGCCAAGUCGCGGCUCAGUGCCGGAGGGUCGGACCGUACCGCUGCCGGAUCCGUGGACAGGGUCCUGAAGGUCUUCCACCAAUUCGAAACCAACACGGAACUAAGCAGCUGGUCAUCUAACAUCCGAUACGGGGAUGCUACCGAUAUCCGGGGAAUCAUCCAGAAGAUACUGGACAUCCACAAGGUGCGCUGGACGUGGUGCUUCGGCCUGCGUCUCAGCAGCAGCGGCCAACCCAGAGACCAAGUGCACUGGCUUCACCCCGACAUGGGCGUGUCGCAUGUCCGCGAGAAAUACGAACAGGCGCGCCCCAACGAGGAGUGGAGGUACGAACUGAGGAUCCGAUACCUUCCAAAAGGCUUCGUUCAGCACUUUACAGAAGACAAACCUACACUCAAUUACUUCUACCACCAGGUGAAAAAUGACUACAUGGCACAGAUCGGGGAUCAAGUAGAGCAAGAUGUUGCCCUUAAACUGGGCUGCCUGGAGAUCAGGAGGUUCUUUAAAGAGAUGAGAGGAAAUGCCCUGGACAAGAAGUCUAACUAUGAGCUACUAGAGAAGGAUGUUGGUUUGAGGCGUUUUUUCCCCAAAGACCUGCUGGAUUCAGUUAAGGCCAAGACGCUCCGUAAGUUGAUCCAGCAGACAUUCAAGCAGGUUGCCAACUUCAAUGAUGAGCAGUGCAUCCUUAAAUUCCUCGAGAUACUGGCACCCAUCCACCGCUAUGACAAGGAGUGCUUCAAAUGCGCCCUAGGGUCAAGCUGGGUGAUCCAGGUGGAGUUGGCAAUAGGGCCUGAGGAAGGUAUUAGCUACCUGACGGACAAGGGCUCAGCGCCUACCCAUCUGGCUAACUUCACCCAAGUGCAGUCCAUCCAGUACUCUGCUGUGGAGGAGAAGGACAGGAAAGGAAUGCUUCAAGUCAACGUCGCGGGAGCCGCUGAGCCUCUCACCGUCACGACAGCCUCCCUGACCAUGGCGGAGAAUUUGGCCGACCUGAUCGACGGCUACUGUCGGCUCAUCUCCAUGGAAACGCGCUCUUUCAUCGUCAGAGUUCAGAAAGAGGGGGAGAGAGCGCUGCCUUCUCUUCCAAAGUUGUCUAAUAAUGAGAAGAGGUUGGAGGCGGUCAAGAGUGGAGUGAGAACAAUCUCCGUCUCAGACCUGGUGCCGUCGACUCCUCCCAAGCCAGCCAAGGCACGGCGUUUCCUCCUCCCCUUUGUCUUCUGUUCCGAUUCGCCACCCAAUGAAGAUCUUAGCGGGGAUGAGACCGAUGACUAUGCUGAGAUAGUUGACGAAGAGGACACGUACACCAUGCCCUCCAUGACCUGUGGAAUAGUGGAAGCGCGGGACUAUGAAAUCCAGAGGGACAGGAUUGAGCUUGGUCGCUGCAUAGGAGAGGGCCAGUUUGGAGAUGUACACCAAGGAGUCUACAACAUCCCGGACAAGCCAGCGUUGGCCGUCGCCAUUAAGACGUGCAAGAACUGCACUUCGGACAGCGUCAGGGAAAAGUUCCUGCAAGAAGCACUGACUAUGCGGCAGUUUGACCACCCUCACAUUGUCAAGCUGAUUGGUGUGAUCACGGAGAACCCUGUGUGGAUAAUCAUGGAGCUGUGCACGCUGGGAGAGCUGCGUUCUUUCCUCCAGGUGAGGAAGUACAGCCUGGACUUGGCCACGCUAAUCCUGUUCGCCUACCAGCUCAGCACUGCGCUGGCGUAUCUGGAGAGCAAACGUUUUGUGCACAGGGACAUAGCGGCACGUAAUGUGUUGGUGUCCUCGAUCGACUGUGUGAUGCUGGGAGACUUUGGCCUCUCCCGCUACAUGGAGGACAGCUCCUACUACAAAGCCUCUAAAGGCAAACUUCCUAUCAAGUGGAUGGCUCCUGAGUCGAUCAACUUCAGAAGAUUCACCUCUGCUAGUGAUGUCUGGAUGUUUGGUGUCUGCAUGUGGGAGAUCCUGAUGUAUGGCAUCAAGCCUUUCCAAGGGGUGAAGAACAACGACGUGAUCGGCCGCAUUGAGAAUGGCGAGCGGUUAGCCAUGCCGCCGCAGUGCCCGCCCACCCUUUACAGCCUCAUGACCAAGUGCUGGUCGUACGACCCCAGCAAGCGGCCACGGUUCACUGAACUCAAAACGCAACUCAGCACCAUACUGGAGGAGGAGAAGCUUCAGCAAGAGGAGAGACUGAGGAUGGAGAUGAGAAGACAGGUCACGGUGUCCUGGGACUCAGGAGGUUCUGAUGAGGCGCCGCCCAAACCAAGUCGACCGGGUUACCCUAGCCCUCGCUCUAGUGAGGGCUACUUCUCCAGUCCACAACACAACCACUAUCAGCCGACGGCGCACGGCGGCGUAGGAGGCGGCUUCUCCACGACUGAUUCCUGGAACCAGCACAGGCCGGAACACACAGCGCUGUGGAACCCCAACAUGGAGGACACCGGGUGUGUAGGCCAGGCGCUCAUGGAGGAGAGGCUCAUGAUACAGCAGCAGCAAAUGGAGGACGACCAGCGAUGGUUGGAGCAGGAGGAAAGCUUCAUGAAGGCCGAACCCAGAAACAGCCGAGGGAGCAUCGAAAGAGAGGAUGGGACGCUCCAAGCGCCGGGUGGAAGCCAGCACAUCUACCAGCCUGUGGGCAAACCAGAACACGUGGCUCCGCCGAAGAAGCCCCCUCGUCCCGGGGCCCCCGCUCACCUCGGCACCCUGUCCGGCCUCUGCCCCGUGGACAGCUACAACGAGGGUGUGAAGUUACAGCCCCAGGAGAUCAGCCCGCCCCCCACAGCCAACCUGGACCGCUCCAACGACAAAGUGUACGAAAAUGUGACGGCGCUGGUCAAGUCUGUCAUCGAGAUGUCCAACCGGAUCCAGCCGGCAGCGCCCGAGGAGUACGUACCCAUGGUCAAGGAAGUUGGUCUGGCACUGAGGACUCUGCUGGCCACGGUGGAUGAGACCAUUCCUGUGCUGCCCGCUAGCACGCAUCGAGAGAUUGAGAUGGCCCAGAAGCUGCUUAAUUCUGACCUGGCAGAGCUGAUCGCCAAGAUGAAGCUGGCGCAGCAGUACGUCAUGACCAGCUUGCAGAAGGACUACAAAAAGCAGAUGUUGAUGGCGGCGCACGCCCUCGCCGUUGAUGCUAAGAACUUGCUGGAUGUCAUCGACCAGGCGCGUCUCAAGAUGAUCACACGAACGCAUUAGCUCCAAAGGAUACGCAGACGUUGAAUAAUGCAGGAACAAGAUUGACGUUGGUCGCCAUGGAGACAGAAACUUGGAUUAAAAUGGUGGACAGUGGACACUACAGCCGCCAUGUUUGGCAUCGUCUUGUAAAUACUUUUUCUUUUUUUUAAAUGAUAAUACUAUUGUCACAUAUUUUCAAUAAUACUGGGUGAUUGAUAACUCCCUAUUUCAGAAUACUUAUAAAUUAUUCAUUUAUUGUAAAUUUCUCUCUCUCUCUCAUUUUCUUUGUUUGUUCUCUAAAGUUUGAAUUUUUACAAGAAAUUGAUAUGAGGAAUGUUAGUGUGUAGCAUGAAGUACUUCAUUUAAAUUUAGAGAAUGUGGAAGGGCCCCAUCUUGUAUGAAAAUCAAAUCUUCAACAUUCUCCCGAGCACUGGUAACUGGCCAGAUUUAAUUACAGAUUAAAUUAAACAUUAAACAUUAAAACAAACACAGAAAAAUCAAAAGAAAAAUAGGAAUAAAUAAUUUAUAAGUAUUUUUUUAAAAGGGGCGUUACUUUUGAAUUAUCCUGUACAUUUUUUUUAAAGUAGCCAUUUUUAAAGACAUUUUUAAAAAUAUAUUUAAUGCGUAAGGACUCGUUUUGAAGGAGUUUGCCGCUUGUGACGAAUUGGAAGGAAAAUGAAUUGGUGAUGUUUGAACAUGCUCUUUAUAUAAUAUAUAUACAGUAUAUAUAAUAAUAUUUCCAGCCUUGCCUCUUACUGGAUCUUUUUUUUUGUCAGUGUUGCUUUACUGUCCACAGUCUCAUCCUUCAGCUUUAAACCAGGGGUGAGGAACCUUUUUCCUAUUGGGGCCAUUUUCCCAAAAUGUAUGAAAAAAAAAAAAGCAUUUGCAGGUUAAAUGUUUUUAUAAAUGUGUAUAACAGCUCCUCUGAGGUUUGAUUUGUUGUUUUAAGUUGCAUUGCUGGCCGCAUCAUAUACUUUCAGGGGACUGCAAAUGGGGCCACGUGCCGCAGGUUGCCCACUCCUGCUUUAACUCAACAGUAAGUACAUUGCAAAAAAAAAAGUUAAAUACACUAAUAAUCUCUAUUUUAACACCUUUAUGAGGCAUGGACUGCUUGUUGGAAGUUGAAGUCAUACUGGGUUGCCUGUUUUUACAAUACAGAUCGGCAACGUUUCAGACUAGAAUCCCAUACUGUGAAAAGACUGAGAGUCGCAAAGUUAUUUAUUGGGUGAAUGGCGACUGCAGUUGGACGCUUUGGUCAGCCGCUUUGAACCUGAUAAAUUCCCAAAAUGGAAUGCGUAUUCCCUUUUUCACAAAUGUUCUUCCCGUUUUUUUCCACCAUUUCUCUCCUUCUCUCAGGAAAGACACAUAAUGUAUAGUUGCAAAUAAAAAGACUGUUUUAUCGUUA